AUGGGCGAGCAAAGUCCCAAGGAAGAGGCCCAAGCAGCAGGCAUCCUUCCUUCCCCCGAUCCAUCUCUGACCGCCAAUACAACCCUGACCACCGAUGACUCGCCUAAUCCCUCACCAAAUCUCGGCGAACCCACCAAUCAACCAAAUCUUGGCGAACCCACCAAUCAACACUUAGCAAUCUUCUCGUCGAUCGGUCUUCUCGUCGAUCGGUCUUCUCGUCGAUUAGAUCUCCUCAGGGACCUUACUAGGCUCUACGAUCCCAUUGUGACCAUCAUAAGCCCACUCACCGAAGCCAGCCAAGAAAUCACUGAAUACCCCUUCUCUCCUUUUCGUCACUCGCCAACCCACUCGCCUUUGUCUCGCGGGCAUCUCAGGAUCAGCUCAUUGCAUUACACGGAUGGACAAGCGAACACAGACCGAGAAACCCCCCCCUCAUAUUUAGAAGCUUUCCCAAAAGGGCAGCAAAUCGAUAGGGGGGCUUUCACGGAGGAAGAGCUGAUUUUGACCGGCGACGCUUGGAGUAGGAUCCGGGACAAGCUUAACGAGGCCUGCGAGAUGAAUGUGACGACUACGCAGGCCAAAAGUCAGAAGAAUUCCAUCCGGGAAACCUUCUUGGACUAUCGAUUCCUGAUAAACCACCCUGGCUUUACCUGGGACUCGGUGAAAUCGAAAGUGACUGCCGAACAAAACGCAUGGGACCGACUUCGCCCUCGAAGUAGUCUCACAAAGUACAAAGACAAGAAAUUUCCAUUUGAACUCGCCUCUCAGGUCUUCAACCAUACACAGCUUCCGACAACGACUAGUGAAGAUCAGAUCCAGACAGCUGAUCAGAAUCAACCCUCCACCUCAUCUGCGAGCCCAGACGGGACAGAAAUGAACUCCGGCCAAAAGCGCAUCCGUCCCGACGACAGUGGUAUAGAUGUUCCAGAUUAUCCAGAAGACCCGGCUGUCACCCCUUCGAAACGUCCUCGAAACACAAGCAGUAGCUACCAAUUGCCCACCAUUGGUACUCAGACAGCUCAAAGAGAAGAUGGUCCAGAAGAUUCUCCAGCACCUUUACGUCAAGGUUCCACGUUCAAACAAGCCAUCGAAUCUCUGACCGAGCUUUUCGCGGACAAAAUUGAUCAAAUCAAAUUUAGCCAUUAUGUUUGCAUCCUUGCAAUUCGAGACAAAGCUGAAUACUUCAUGUUCUUGUACCAAAACUCUAACGAAGAACUUUGUCAAAAAUGGCUAGAUGAAGAAACCCGCCGUGCUUCGCUCACAACCGUGUGA